AUGUCUCUUCGUCAAUCAAUGCGCUGCUGCCGUCCGGCAGCACAGGCGCUCAAGGCCCGUCGCGUGCCUCCAUCUGCACGCGCGUACUCGACCAGCGGCGCCGGUGGUGGUCCUUCCUCGUCGGCGUCGUCCAACCGGGCCCUCUACUCCAGCCUCGCGGUUGGCGGUUUCGUUGCUGGCUUUGUCGUCUCGAUGGGCUCGGGCUUCUUCAACCGCCCCAGUGCUGCGGCCAGGUGCGACGGUGUGCCCAACGUCGACUUUAUUGAGACCAACGGCAGGACCUGGGAGCCGGUCCACGCGCUGGAAAAGGACGACCCCAAGAACCCAAUGCGCAUCCGCAUGGCCGCGUGGGUGUCCAACUUGCAGGAGCAUAUCUGCAAGAGCCUCGAGGAGCUGGAGACAGCUGCGCCCCCAGACGGCGAGCAUGCACCUGCCACCUUUCUGCGUGACCACUGGAUCCGCCCGUCGGGCGGUGAGGGUUCCAGCUGUGUGCUGGCCGGUGGACGUGUGUUUGAGAAGGCUGGCGUAAACGUGUCGAUUGUCGAGGGCAAGCUCCCCAAGGGCGCCCAGCUCCAGAUGAAGGCCGACCACGACAGCAUCGAGGUGUCGGACGAGCCCCUGCCGUACUUUGCCACGGGUCUGUCGAUUGUCAUCCACCCGCGCUCCCCGCACGCCCCGACCGUCCACCUCAACUACCGCUACUUUGAGCUGUGCGACAAGAAGGGCAACCCCAUCGCGUGGUGGUUUGGCGGCGGCACCGACCUCACCCCCAACUACCUGUACCCCGAGGACGCCGUCCUGUUCCACGACACGCUCAAGACGGCGUGCGACCAGCACGACGAGGCCUACUACCCGGCAUACAAGGAGUGGUGCGACAAGUACUUUGCCAUUCCGCACCGCGGCGAGACGCGCGGUAUUGGCGGCAUCUUCUUUGACGACCUGACCACCUCGUCGGCCAUCCACGCCGCGCGCGCCCCGUCCCGCGACCAGAUCUUUGACUUUGUCAAGUCGGCCUCGUCGGCCUUCCUGCCGGCGUACAUCCCCAUCGUGGCCAAGCGCAUGCGCCAGCCGUACACCGAGGAGGAGCGGCGCUGGCAGCUGGUCCGUCGUGGCCGCUACGUCGAGUUCAACCUUCUCUACGACCGCGGCACCAAGUUUGGCCUCAACAUUCCUGGCGCGCGUGUCGAGAGCAUCCUCAUGUCCCUCCCCGAGGUGGCGAGGUGGGAGUACAUGACCCCCCUGGGUCGUGAGGGCUCGGGUACCCGUGAGGAGGAGCUCCAGAACGUCCUCAAGAACCCCAGGGAGUGGGCCUCGGAUAUCACUGGCGACAAGAAGAAGUAA